UUUGGGCGAAGAGGUCGAAUUGAAUUCGUGCGCUCGGUACACUUUUACCCUCAGUUGUUGGAAAGCUUUUCGCGAUUGUGUCGAUUGUUUUCAAUCCGUGAACGCUCGGUGCAACCUCAUUUCGCUGCCAGAUGCGUCUCUGCUAUUGAUUGACACGAAAAGAAGUCAAAGAGUCGCUUGGAAAGAGGGGGUGUAACCAGUGUGCGGUGAAGUUUAAGUGCGCUGUGGAGCGGUGGAGUCGCCUGGUGGUUUUCGUCAAACUCGCAAACAGUGAUGGCGGAUGAAUGAACACGCCAGCAAAAGGAGCGAGUUAAACAUCAGGGAAUAAACAUAUGAAGCAAAAGAGAGAAAAAACGAACACGCUAGUGAACCAAGUCAGAAUUGUCAUAAAAAUUAUACUUAUUGCACUAUAGAACAUCCGCUCUUAUUUCCGUCGAAAAAGAAGUGAAAAACUAAUGCAAAAAAUAAACACACUCAGUGCUCAGCUACUGUUGCUGAUAAGGUGGAAGUUGCUGUGCUGUGUGAGACUUUUCAUACGAAGUUUGUGAGCGUUUGCGGUAGGAAGUUUCGUUUCUUAGCGACACAACCCAACGGGGAAUAGAUUGUUUCCGGCCCCUGGCGCAUACAUUAGUGUUCGUGCUGAAAGCAAUUCACACCUGAAUGUAUUGCAAAGUGCAGAAACAAUCCUUUUCAGUAGGUUCAACGUGUGUCCGGCAGCUUGAAAUCGUCCCGAAUGGAUUCAAGGGGUCAACAUUUUAGCGCCUGCGAGCACUACAGUCUGCUGACACCGUCAGUACAAUCGUCCGGCGGGCCACACUCGAGCAAAACAUCGUCCCUAAACGGCAUCUCGCCAAUCUCCCGAAGGAUGAGGCCACGUAUUGAAAAUUCCAUUGGCGACGAUGCCAUGGAAAGCUGCGGUUAUCUGAAGUUCACCGACGAUAACAUGAAAUCGAACUUUCUGCAGAGCCUUAGCACGAUGCGCAAAAAUCGGCUUUUCUGCGACGUGGUUUUGCUGGUGGAAAACACAGAAAUCCAUGCGCAUCGCAAUGUGCUAGCUUGUGUGUCGCCACAGCUGAUGGAGCUGUUCAGCACGGAUGCGGGUACACUGAACGGUGGACCAACCGCUGCCAGUGACGCCAAGCUGCCGUGCUAUCGGCUGAACGGGCAAAUCACGAAGCACGGUCUGAUGUAUCUGGUCGAGUAUGCCUACACCGGAUCAUUGGAAGUGCCCGAUGAGAUGAUCCGCGAUGUCUAUCUCGCUGCCUGGCAGCUGAAGAUCGAUAGUGUGGUGAAGGAGUGCGCCCGUCAUCUUGUGAGCGAGCUGGAACCGGACAUCUGCAUCGAGACCCGUUCGCUGCCCGGCAUCGAGCGAAACCGUCGCUUCGUGCAGGAGGUCGAUGCGUACAUCGCGAAAAACUUUCAUCUCGUGUCGGAGACGGCCGGCUUCCUGCAGCUGCCCUGCGUCCUGAUUGAGGUGCUGUACCAAACGCGCCAGGAGAUGUCGCUGGUGGCGGAAUGUUCCCUCGGUCGGCUCGUUAUCGAUUGGAUUCGCCGGCAAAUGACGGAAGGGGAUGUGUCGGUAUCUGCUCUACUGGAACGCUCACACAUGCUGUAUUUGGCACUGGACAAUUCACUGCAGGACUGUGCCGAUUUGCCACCGGGCCAGGAGUCGGAGAGCGAUUUGGUGCAGGAUUACAAGCGGCUAGUGCUAAAGUGUCCAAGCAAUAAGAAACACCGUAAAGCGCUGAAAACUCCAGGCCGGCCGCGAAUGAUAUUGUAUAGCCGUGACAUUGGUGAUCGUAGCGAUGCAACGGAUGCUGCCGCGACAGAAAUGGAUUGGAGUUUGGUUGGAUGCAGUAAGCUUUCUGAUCACUCAUACGUUGCGCUGGUUACGCUGAAUGGCAAUCUUGCCCGGUUAUCUAUUCAGCUACGGUUGAAUAUUCCCACAACACCGUCACCAAUCAAUACGCCAGAUGUCAUGAGUACCAGUGUGAGCCGGGAUGAAGACCUGGACGAGUGCCAACAGCCGGAACUGUUCUGCGAGGUAGCAACCAUGUCUGGCCCGAAAUGUGGUCUCGGUGUAGCCGAACUUGAAGGUAAGCUGCUCGUUUGCGGUGGAUACGAUCGAGCUGAGUGUCUGCGCUCGGUAGAAUCGUACUGUCCGGAAACAAACAGCUGGACGCAACAGUCAAACAUGGGCGAGGCACGCGGACGCGUCCAGAUAGCAGUUAUCGACGGAACAGUGUACGCGGUCGGUGGCUGUAACGGAACGACGGAGCUCGAUUCGGUCGAGUAUCUUGCAAAGGCGGAACGAAAGUGGAAGAAGAUGUGCAAACUACCUCUCGCUCGGAGUAACGCAGGCGUGUGUGCGUUGAAUGGUAAAAUUUAUUGCAUCGGAGGCUGGAACGGGCAGAGCGGCAUCAAGCAGUGCGACGUGCUAAAACCGGACGAGAACCGCUGGUUCUCAAUUGCUCCAUUGCAUACGGGACGCUAUCAGGCUGGUGUUACGGCAUACGGUGGCAAGCUGUGGGUCGUCGGUGGAAGUGAUGCGUGGAAUUGCAUUGGAUCGGUAGAGGUGUACGAUGUGGAAGCAAAUCAGUGGACGCUGGGACCUUCUCUUUCAACGGCUAGACGUGGUUGUGGGCUGGCCGAGUACAAUGGCAAGCUGUAUGCUGUUGGAGGUAGUGAUGGAUCACAUUCACUCAACACGACCGAAUGCUACGACGAGGAAAGCAAAUGUUGGAUUGCCGGACCCAAUCUCACUUCGCCACGCUCAAACGUAUCGGUUGCGGUGGUUCAGAAUCGGCUCUACGCGAUCGGUGGGUUCUCUGGUAAGACGUUCCUUAGCACGGUUGAAUACCUGGACGCAGCUACAAACGAGUGGACCACCUUCGUACCACAAACGAGCGCCAACAUUGAUUCGUUGCUCGAGAACUCGCUACGGGCAGCUCUGCAGAAUGUGAGAUCCUCAUCAUCGACCUCUUCAUCUCCGGAUCAUCUGAGCGGAAACGGUGGUGCUAAUGAGAGCACCUUCAAACCGAUACACACGGCGCUAAAUAACGAGUACAACCGGCAGCAGCAUUCGCCGAAGGCAACGGCUGGCCCAAAGCAAGAUAUUCUGUUCCCAUCGGUGCAGAACAUCGCCAAAUCGGCUCUGCUAGAAGAUGAGCAGGACGACCAUGACAACGGGGACCUGAGCAAGAGCAAUACCGCGACCAAGACAGCACAGGAGAACAGUAUUAGUCUGCUGCAGCAACUGGCGGCCAACAAGUGUACGGAGAUAGCGACCGCCGGCAAUCAUUCCAGCUAACCGACGCUGGCAGCCACCGGUUUGAGUGCGGUUUCGAUUGACACAAGUGAAGCUAACUUUCGCGCUGUUGACUGUAACAAUAGUGAUGAGGUAGAUUAAUCUUGUGUAGCUGUCUAUACAGAAUUCCAGCCUAUUUUUUUGCAAACUAUAACCGUCUUUCUUACUGGCUAUAUUUACUAAAUGCGGAUGAGCAGAUGUUUUUUUACGAAACCCGAACAGAAACUCUUUCGAAAUCUAUUACACUGAGGAGGUCCGUUUAAUGUAGAUCCGGUACAAACGUGUGCGCCAAGUAAGCAAACAGCGCUACAUUUUAAAACGUUGCAAAGAGCUGAGCUAGGUAAAAGGUGAGAUGAGAGUUAUUGCAAAGUAUAUGUAAACUGUUCUAGUUAAUAAGUGGUAACUGAGUAUAGUUGUUUUUUUUUCUUCUUUCCAAUAAUGCAAUUCUGUUUGUUCUGCGGGAUGAAUAGAUCUGCAAUUUCUCUACAUUUAAGAAGGAAGAAGAUUAGAAGAAGUAUGAUGAAAAAGCAUCUUAAUGGUAAUAAUCUAAAGGUGAUUAAGUUUGCCUACCUUGCCUUCACACCCAUCUCGUUUUGUAAGUAAUGCAGGACUCUUUAGGACAUAUGCUACGCUUUUAGAAAUUUCUUAAACAAGAUCUUAAACAGUAGGUGUUUUGCUAUGAAUUACGCGGUACAUUCUCAGUUCGGAACAGUUUUUUUGCUAUGAGUGAGUUAGAACUUUCAAUAGACAAGCGCCAAUAUUGACCACACUGUGAAGAAAAUUAUCGUGCGCUCAUUUCGUAUAUGUCGAUAGGUAAAACUCUCGUGGUCAAACUCAUUAGAAGCACUUUGAAUAUACAUAUAAGAGCGCUCCGCACAGCCCUACAUGCGCGCAUUCCUGGUGUGUUUAUGAAAAUUCAUCGAACUGCAGUACUCUUGAAAGCGCCCCAAAAACGCGCCAGCACAGGGUUAUUCUAAACUACUUGUAUAAUUAUACUACACAACAUUUAGGCAUACGGUCAUCACCGUUUAGGGUGCAGGGAGUAGCGAAGGUCCAUUUUAUAUGUCCGGAAAAUGACAGUGAAUUUGUGUGAAAACAUCAUCCAUUACAUGCAAGCCAAGGCAGGAGAUGUUAUUAAAAGCGAGACGUUCUUGAAUAAGAAAAACAGGAAACCUUAAUGGUGUGUUUGCUAAUGAAGGUGUUAAGUUUCACUCAUCUUUAAAUAUUAAACUAUUAAAUUACACAUACAAACAAAACUGAAGGAAAUAUGUAGAUUGAUAAGCUCUACUCUGCACGGAA